AUGCGCGGAAACCUUUUGAAAUCUGGAGCUUCUGAUAAGCUGUUUCAAGGAAGACGACGCCCUCUUACCAGAGCUGAAUCUCCUCCGAUUCUACCACGAACACUCUUCAAACGUACCGCCGUUAUCCCAAGCAUCUACAACCUCAACCCACCAAACCCACCAACGAACCGAAAUAUUGAUUGCAGGUCAGCGGGACACCCAAUUUCGACUGGACCGAGUCAAGCCAACGGCGGAAGGUCUUCAGCCCAGGCCUCGCUUGUACAGGAAACUCGACUCGAGUCUACAACCAGCACCAAUCUGAGAAACACCGACCCUUCAACUGCCGACAACUUUGAUAAAUUCAGCUUCGAGAUCAGACCUCAAGGGGUCACUUCCGGAGGAACACUUCUCAAGACAGCAUAUGAUUCCUUUUGCCCGGGAACCCUUCUCGCCUCUUCGACGGCACAGAAGCUCAAUCUAAGGAGAAUUCCAGGGCAGCCAGGAAAGCCGUAUGCAGCGUGGACUCCCGCUGGCUACAUCGAGAUAGAAGAAUUUGUCCGGGUUCAUGCCGAGGUUCCAGGUUUGGACAUCAAGCUCGGCGACUACAACUUUGGUAUCGUCCCAGACAAUGUAUUGCAACAUUGGGGUAGUGAAAUACUAGUCGGCAGUAAGCCAUUUGAGAGGCUUGUGACGGAUGAUGGUUUGUCGACGGAGAUUCACAACGCCCUUCAGCACAUCGUCAAUCGACAACGACCGUUGAUAGCUGUCGAAUCAGCAUUGUCUGUGACCAACUAUGAGCAAGGCAGUCAACUCGGCGACGCGGCCCCUGGAUCCGGCAUAGAAGACUUUGGUGGAAACUCUUCAUUCCAUCCCACAUCCAGUGAGGACAACGCGUCUGAGUUCUCGACACGUCUGACGUACCCGUCUUCUGGACCACCGCUUCUAGGACACUUGAAUCUAUUGGACUCAUCGACAAGUAACGCCUUUGAGACAAUGGCAACAACAACUCAAGGCCAAACGCCCUUCGGGUAUAGAGAGACAUCCAACAUGGCGGCGUGGACGCCUAAUGAGUUCUAUACUUGGCCAACUUCUGACGUUCCAUCCAGACUACACGAGCUCCAACUACCGCACUUUAUGGGGCAGGUACCUUUGGAGGAAACUGCAAACUCGAAUGUUUAUCAGGACCCUCACUGUGGCAGUGAGGGCUGA